CCUCCUGGUAUCAGCAGGUAAAGGCGUGGCCCGUCAUAUUAUCUGAAAGCAACGAGAUUAAAGGACGCCGCUGGCGGCGUCUACUUUAAUCAACACAACAGAAAACAAAAUGGUGGAACAAACAAGAGAGCCGAGUCGUGUUGUCUCCCUCCAGGCUGGACCUGGUGAGGUGGACACUGACACCCUGUUUGACGUGAGCCUCAGGAUAAAUGACCAGGCUGCACGGGCCAUUGGGCAACAGUUGGCUCUAAUUGGCGAUCAGAUGGACCGGGAAUGGACCAGUAGACAACUGAACUGGCUACCAACGCCUCUAGACGUGAUAAGACCCGCUCAGGCCUUGACCAGGACAAUAUAUCGGGAUAUCCACAAUCAGUUAUGGGGCUUCCAGGGCAUGUCUGCAGCGGUGAAGGCCUGGAUAGAAAGCACUGCGCCUGGGGUGUCCAAUUUAAAACCAGUAACCUGCACUGGCUGGGCCAGAGGAGCACUGGUGACUGUGGCGCUGUUGGCUGCAGUGACCAUUUUGGGGGCCCUAUGGGUGGAAUGGAAAGCCUGAACAGGGACAUAAUCAGGCCUUUUAGGCCAUUAUAUUAUUUGACAAAAAGGGUUUGCAAGUGAAUGACAAUUAUUUCUGAUUUGUUUCUGCUGUUUACUUCAACGUCUUUUUUAUACUAUCUUAAUGACGUAUUGAAUUUUGACGCUAUAUAACCGGAAAACAGGUGAUUAAAAAAAAAAAUACUGUCAAAUUAGUCAGGGCAUGUGGAAAUUGUUAAAUUGGUUUUACAGUAUUGCCCAAGGAGUUGGCCAGCAUAUUGUAGCAGUAUCAUGUUGAUUCAAAGUUGUAUUAAUGUCAAAACGCAUGUUUCCCAUGACUGGACUGCUGCUGGCCUGCAGUUUUUUGUAUCCAGAUUAGUUUCUUACUGGUUUAAGAGGCCAACGUUUUUUUUUAUUUACAAAUUAUAUGUAGCCUUGCUUUAUAUAAAAUGAAGGGAGCUGGACUUUCUGUUUCAGAUUUGAAAAUGCUUUUUCAUGUGAUGCAAAUAAACUUCUAAAUUACAAAAUUUU